AGAAGGAGGGUUCUGAGUGACAGAGAGGGAGGGCAGAAAAAAGGUAAGGGGAGGGUUUACAAAGGGAUGGAAAGAGAGAACGAGGGAGUAAAGCAAAGCAUGUUGCCAGUGUUGGCUCCGGAACUCACUGUGAGCGGGGACGGGAGGGAGGGAGAGCAAAAGAGAGACUGAGAGUCACACAUUCACACACUCUCUCAAUCACUCUCAUACACACACACACAUAAACUCUCACAUUCUCGCACAGAUUCAGAGGUGCCUUGCUGAAGAGACCUUGUUACACACGCCUGCAGGGAUGAGAAUACUUUAAGCAGUGAAAACUGGGCUAAAACUGAAGACAGGAGCGCUGGAACAGACCCGACAGCUCAUGAGGACCUUCUUCAAACGGGACCUUCACAGCAUGUGAAGCCGGACGAACAGAUAUGUGCACCAUCCAUCCUUAACAUUCCUUCGUUUCAUCCCUCCAUCCGUGCCUCCCUCCUACCUCUCCUCUCAAGUGGUGUGAAGGACACGGAGCUACGAGUUCCUCAGUGCUCUCUGCCUGGUUGCCUUACGGGAGUCUGGGGAGGCUUGGUGCUCCCCUUCGCUCUCCUGCGCUCUCACUCGUUCAUGAAUGUCACCUCUAUCUGCGGAAGCCCUUGGAAUUUACAAACACUCUCUCGGGAGCUUGGGGAGAGAGAGCAAAGGGGGAUGUCAGAAGGGCUGAGAAGGGAGAGAACUUACGAUUCCUUUCAUCCUUAUCCAUCUGAUCAUCCACAGACAUGAAGUCCAGAGUUGACGACACCAGUUCUUGACUUUUACUCAGUGUGUCUGUCUUUGUUUUUGGUGUUUUUGCAGUCGGAAUCAGGUAAUGGAGUUUCUCUAAGAUUGUCUCAGGAUAUUGUUCCUUUUCUCAGUAGGAUCUGUAUUUUAGUUCGUUUUAUGCAUCCCUCGAUCUUCUCCGUUUUACGAGGAUCUCACUGAUAUGUGGAGCCGUGCGGAUAAAGCGAUUGGACAAUUUAUGCCUUUUUUCUGAACUCGCAGAAUGAUUUCUGAUCCGGGUGAUUUCUGAAGAUCGAUCCCACACUAAAAGGUGGAAGGGAAGUGAGAGACCAGGGCUUCUGGGGGCUCAGAGCUUCAGGGAUAGAGUCGGAUGGAGGGUAUGGUGGUGCUGUGAUGGCUCACUUAUCUUCCAGAAUUCCAGUACGUUUCCAUGGAUCAUCAGCUGCCACUUUUCCAGUCCGUAUGCUGUGCAACGAGACCUGAAAUACAACAAACAAUCCCAACAACGACAGCUGCCGUUCAUCAGAAUCACAACACCAGGAAUUCUGCAUUCCAGGGACUGUUUUGAUAGCCAAAGAAACAAAUAAAGUUUAUUGUGAACUUCACAACUGUUUUGCCCCACCCCCUUACCCCUCUUAAACCAAGCCCCUUUUUGUUCCCUACCAAGUUGUGACGCAUUCUCCCCUUGGUUAUUGUGGGAGACCCCGCUGUUCUCCAAACAUCUGCUGUCUCCUGCUCCUGUCCUCCGUGGCCCUGGGUGAUCGGACAGGUGGGCGGCCCACUGACGCCCUCUGCGCCCUACGGGUGAGCCGGGCACAGCAAAAUGGCUGCCCUCGCCAGCUCACUGAUCCGGCAGCGCAGGGAAGUCAAGGACCCCCAGGCCAACCGACAGAUCUCCACCAAACGCAAGCCUUGCCCCAAGAGCAACAAGUCGCUCUGCCAGAAACAGAUCCUCAUCCUCAUCUCCAAAGUCCGGCUUUGUGGCAGUCGAGGAAGAAAACUAGAAAAAAGACCCGACCCUCAGCUGAAAGGUAUCGUCACACGUCUGUAUUGUCGGCAUGGCUUCUACCUGCAAAUGUUACCCGAUGGCACCUUGGACGGCACAAAGGACGAAAACAGCUCCUUCUUGCUGUUCAACUUGAUUCCUGUGGGUCUGAGGAUAGUGGCCAUCCAGAGCACCAAGACAGGACUCUACAUAGGCAUGAACAGCGAGGGCUACCUCUACACAUCAGAACAUUUCACGCCGGAGUGCAAGUUUAAGGAGUGUGUGUUUGAGAACUAUUAUGUCACAUACUCCUCGAUCUUGUACCGUCAAACGCAGUCGGGUCGGGCCUGGUACAUUGGCAUUAACCGAGACGGACAGGUCAUGAAAGGAAAUCGGGUCAAAAAGACUAAAGGAGCAGCCCACUUCCUGCCCAAGCUCAUAGAGGUUGCCAUGUACAGGGAACCAUCGCUACAUGCCGUUGCUGAGCAAAGCCCACCUAGGAAAACGGCCAAAACAUCAGACUCCCCCGUCCAUAAAAACAGCAAGAAAGAUCAAGUGCUUCCCGCCUCCACAGCCUCCUAGCGGCACUAGAAGACACUCUUCGUUUGCACGGACACGCCAUGAACGCCAACAGUGGCACAGGAGGUUUGGUACAAACAAUGUUUGUAGGCCCUCCACCGACCCUCAGAACUUUGAUAUUUCCAACAAUGAAUCAGGGCUCAAAAGACCCUUGCCGACAAGUCUAAUGCCCACCGCACUUCCUUUUGGUCUCCCCUGCUCCUUAAUCAAGGGAAUACCGAGCAAUAAUAACCGCGCUGGUCUGGGGUCAGAAUGUGACGGCAUCGCUUUUGUGAGAACAGCAACUCCUAAAAGAAAGGAUCUUUGUCUUCCUCUCCUUUUUUAGUAUUUCAAGAAGAAACACUUCCUCUUGUGAAGCAAUUCGUGCUUGACAUUUAAACCCUCCGUUUCCUUUGUUCAAGCAUUCAUAGAUUCCCCGAAAUCUGUUUUCUUUUCUUUCUUUUUUUUACAGAGAUCCCCCGUCAUCUCUAAGCCUUGUUUGUAAUCUCCUCUCCCUUCUCUACCUCUUCUGCACUUUGAUUAGCUUGAGACACAGAGGCUAUUUUCCACUUCACAACACAGGAAAAGCCCCGCACACUCUCCCGGGGACCAUUAAGGAUGCCACCACAUACUCACACACAGACACACACACACAUACACCAAAUAACUAAAUAAAUAAAACUUCCCCUUCUCUUUGGAUGAGGAUGUUUAGAGUCAUUGUACCUUAGGCAGUGCAAACCUUUCUCUGCUCAUCGGCUCCUGCGCUGAUGAGUCUGCGGAGGCUGGACGUGUGAGUGUGUGUGUGUGUGUGCAGUGAACAGUAAUACAAUAUAAUUUGUAAGAUGACUCAUAACAGAGGCAGUAGGGCGGCAUUAUUGUUUAUUUUUGUUGUGAUAAGUCGUUGUUUUUCUCAUUGCAAUAUGCCCAGAGAGCAAUAUCGGUACAGCUGCACUCUUUCUCCUCUUCUUAGCAUGUGUGUUGCUUUCGAGCAGGGUUUCUCAAAGUAGAUAUGCUGACUACUGAGGCUGCAAGUUUCCCAAAGUUCAUGUCCCUACAUUCAAUUUAAUUCUAUUACAUUUGCCUGAGAGCAAAGGCACUUCACCCAGCCGAAUGAAACAACACAAGUGCUGAAAAAGGUCCAAUUCUGCUUCAUUUUCUUCUGAAAAAAUUGGGGAAUGGGACCCGGAGGAGCUCAAAGGGAAUCAUUUUGGGAAACCUUGCACAGAGAGUCCAAACAGACCUGUAACUUCUCACCUCCAGAGGUGUUGAGAAUAUCAGUAUGUAAAUGAAAAUGUGUUCUAAGUGCUAUGAGGAACCUGAUGACACAUCGCACUUCUGCCUUUGCAGUAAUAUUUCUAAUAAUGUUUUCAUGCAUAUCACCUACAUUAUGGAAAUAUGAU